UGCGCGUGUGUGUUUGGAUACACAUGUAGAUACAGACCCACGAGAGAAAAUAAGAUCAUAACUACGUGUACUGAAAUUGUAAUACUGUUAUGUAGUAAGAAUAUAAACGGUCAAAUACUAUAUCUAAUAACACUGUAGGGAAGUAACGUUACCUGAUAGGUUAUGGAAGGGGUCCGGUGGGCGUUCCGGUGCGGUUCGUGGGUCCCGACUCGUUCAGAGUGGACACUAGCGGCUCGCUCCGUGCAGCUGGAGGAGAAAGAACGAAUCGGUCAGUUCGUGUUCGCCAAAGAUGCGAAAUCUGCCAUGGCUGGACGUCUGCUGAUCAGAAAGCUGGUGUGUGAGAGGAUGGGUUAUGCAUGGGACGGAUUUCGACUGGAACGAACUGCGCGCGGUAAACCGUACCUGCCACGCCUCUCACCUGCCACAGGCCCCGCCUCUAGCCACACCCACUGGAACUUUAACGUGUCUCAUCAUGGAGAUUAUGCGGUGCUGGCGGCAGAACCUAGACCGCAGGUGGGUGUAGACGUGAUGAAGACCAGCAAACCAGGCUGUAGCUCAGUGCAAGAGUUUUUCCGCAUUAUGAAUCGCCAGUUCACGGAUCUUGAGUGGACAAAUAUCCGGGCGGCUGGAUCAGACUGGGACCAACUGGACAUGUUUUACAGACACUGGGCAUUGAAGGAAAGCUUCAUUAAAGCCAUUGGCACAGGGUUGGGCUUCGACCUGCAGAGGGUGGAGUUUCACAUAUCACCCAAUCAGAUGCGAGAGGGUCAAGUGUACCGCCAGACACGAAUGUACCUGGAUAAAGAAGAAGAGGACUGGACAUUUGAGGAGAGUUUACUGGAUAAAGAUCAUCACGUCGCCGUUGCGCUGGGAAAACAAGAGGAUGAUGGGAGUUUUUGUGAAGCACUACCCAUUUCAUUUACACAGUUGAGUUUUGGUGAUCUGGUGUCCAGAGCCAGGCCCCUAUUAGAGGAAGACCCCGCCUACUGGGAGAGCUUUCAGAAAAAAAAGGAUGCACCUUCAAGACAAAGCGAACUGCAGUGACGUUUGCUUACAGAAUAUUAAACUGAUUUUUCUUGUACCUGAAAGCAUUUUUUGAACUCAAUAAGGAAAUCAUCUUACUUUGGAAACUGAAAAGGUUACAUGACAUAUUUUUCUUUGUGAUUUUGGGGUCAUUCUAUAUUCUGUAGUGACUUUUGAACUACAGUAGAUUUUAGAGCUGAACACAUAAUGGCCAGUAAAUUGUGAAAAUAAAGAUGUGAAGUUAGUCAUCACUCAGUAAGGGAUAGACAGUUAGACUAGGUUACAUGAGACUCAACUAAAAGCGUCACAAUAAAAUGUAACUUUCAAUAUAUAACUGUAUUAUCAAAUUUAUCAUGGAAGGUUUUACGGUAAGAAAUACAUUUACAUUUAUGCAUUUGGCAGACGCUUUUAUCCGAAGCGACUUACAUUGCAGUAUCCUAUACAUUUGUACAUAGGUAUGUGCAAUCCCCUGGGAUCGAACCCACAACCUCACCACUGAGCUACAGGAAAUAGAGUUAAUUACACAAAACAUCACAGCAUUUUGAGUGAGUGUGUGUGCCCUGCGAUGGGUUGGCACCCCUGCGAUGGGUUGGCACUCCAUCCAGGGUGUAUCCUGCCUUGAUGCCCGAGGACUCCUGAGAUAGGCACAGGCUCCCCGUGACCCGAGGUAGUUCGGAUAAGCGGUAGAAAAUGGAAUGGAAUUAAAGCAUUUAAAAAAACCAUUGCUCAAGCUUAUUGACAUUGUGCUGUUCUUUUCAUUAUUUUCAAAUGAUGUAACUUCCUUAUGUCAAUAAGAAACUAGCAUUUCUUCAGAAUAUAUAACAAAACAUUGAUAUAAAAAGUAUUAUAAUUCUAAA